AUGGCUCAGAAGAAAGUAGUGGACCUACGAAGGAUAGAGAAUGAUAAGACAAGGAUAACAACUUACAAAAAGAGGAAAGCUUGUCUUUACAAGAAGGCAGAGGAGUUCUCAACACUGUGCGGCGUCCAGACAUGUCUCAUCGUCUACGGUCCCACCAAGGCGACCGAUACAAAGGUUUCCGAGCCAGAGAUAUGGCCGAGGGACGAGGCCAAAGUCAGAGAAAUCAUACGCAAGUACAAAGACUUAGCGUCGAACGGCUGCGGGAAAGAAACCCAAGUUGAGACUUUUGUUAACGACUUGGGGAAGGCAAAAGAGAAGGAGGAUUGUAAGAAGAGAGUGAAGAGUAAUAAUACUAAGUAUUGUUGCUGGGAGGAGAAGCUAGACAAGUGCUCACAAGAGCAGCUACGUCAGGUUCUCUAUGCCGUGGAAUACAAGUUACAUGAAGCUCUGAUGAGACAGAAACGUACUAUGAUUAGGAAUCAGCAUCAAGCCAUAGAGACACCAAUCCCGCAGAUGCUUAUGGAUCAAGAUUACAUGAGACAUUAUCUUGCUGACCAGAAGCAACAGAUUCAUCAAGGCAUGCUCCCUGGUUAUCAUAAUAUGGGUUUCUCGCUUUUACCAUCUCCUGAUGAUCAGAAUCAAAUGGACCCAAAUCUUGAGGAGAAUUAUUUAACCAACUUCGGGUUAACUCAAGGCUUGAUGAUGCCAAACGGAAACGAUGGUACUCAGUUGAUGCAGAGGCAAGCACAACCUUGUUAUAAUCCUGAACCGGUUGCACAGAGGACUGCGGCUUUUAAUGCUAACCCAUUUGCGGGAUUUAGUCCGUUUAACCAUACUUGGAGGUGA